GUUCUUUCAAUUUACCUUUUUUUACAUAAGUAUAUUUAAUUGUUUCAUACUUUGCUCAAAUAUGCAAGAGCUGUGUCGUUGUCACACUGAUACAAUCCCUUGGAGGAAUUCUCUGGUUUCACAGAUAUUGGUCUGUGCUGUGUGAUUAAUAAUAUACAAAGUCUUACUUUUAUUAUCAUAUCUAUUCUGCAUUACACAUAAUGCAGUCUAACACAUUACAACAGAUUCAACCGUUUUGCAUAUGCUUAUUAUGUAAUAUAAACAGCAUUUUGUUUUUUGCAUGCAUGUGCGUGAGGAUGAGUUUGGAUGUGGAAACACAGUAUGACUGGAGGUGAGACGCUGGUAGGAGGAGAGCUCCUGUAAUUCAUUGACACCCUGAGUUUUAGAUAUUACUCAUGAGGCGUAAAAGAAAGGUCCCGCUGAGGGCAACACAUUGGCUCAGUGGUUUACACUGUUCUUCUCUCUGUGUUUGUUGUCUGUCAACAAUAAUUGUUGAUCUGGUAAAACAGUCACUUUGCACACUUGCUGCUCUCUGUGCAGGACAAAAUGAAGAAGGAUUAUUCUUUGGAGACAAACCAUACUCAAAGAGUCUCCUUUACAGAGGAUGUUGUCCGACGUAGCAUUGGAUCUGAGGCCGCCGGUCCAGAACAUACUGAUUCGGACUACAGCGAAAUACUCCACCCUUCCCCAUUCAGAAAAUACGAGCAGAGCAUUCAGAUCUUGAAACCCUUCCGCUGGUCUUCAUCACAGUCCCAUCCUGUCGACAAUGCAGGUUUCCUUUCCUUCACAACCUUUGCCUGGAUGACCCCCAUGAUGUGGGCCAUGUUCAGGAAUAAGGUGGACCCAAGUUCUCUCAACCUGUCUCCUUUCGAUGUUUCCGACACCAGCGGAGAAAGACUCCAGAGACUCUGGGAGGAAGAAGUGGCAAAGGUGGGCCUGGAGAAGGCCUCUUUGGUUCGAGUAUUCUUUCGCUUUCAAAGAACCAGGCUGAUUCUAUCUACCAUUGUUGGAGUCCUUGCAAUGGUGAUGGCGUUUCUGGGUCCGGCUGUUCUGGUCCAUGAAAUCCUGAAGUAUGUUGAUGAUCCAGAUAAUUCCAUAGUGUCCCAUGGCGUGGGUCUGUCCUUUGGCUUGUUCUCCUCAGAGUUCCUCAAAGCCUUCCUACUAUCCCUGAUGUGGGCUUUGAACCUGCGCACAGCAGUCCGACUGAAAGGUGCCUUCUCUGCAGUGGCCUUUCAGAAAGUCAUCUCUCUGCGGGUGCACAGCAGCAUUUCAAUGGGAGAGAUGGUUAAUGUUUUGACUAAUGAUGGCUACAAGAUCUUUGAGGCAGUAAUUUUCUUGAGCUUCAUGAUUGCCACCCCAGUUCUCUUGAUUGUCUGUGUCUUCUAUGCCUGCCACAUUCUGGGCUACACCGCACUGACUGGAGUCUGCACCUACUUCGUCAUCAUCCCCAUGCAGUUUUUCCUGGCCAAGCUCAUUAACGUAUUCAGGUGGAAAACCAUGAAGAUAACGGACAGCCGGGUUCGUACAAUGAAUGAGAUUCUCAACAGCAUCAAACUUAUCAAGAUGUACGCCUGGGAAGAAUCCUUUGAAAAGAAGAUAUCAGACUUGAGAAAACAUGAGAAGAAACAACUGAAGAAGGCCAGUUAUGUCCAGAAUGCUAAUAUCAGCAUCAUCAGCAUCAUCCCCAGCAUCGCCACUGUUUUCACCUUCACGAUACACACUUUGUUGGGCUUAAACCUCAACACAACUACUGCCUUCACCACCAUCGCCAUCUUCAACUCCAUGAGGUUCUGCUUGGCUCUGCUGCCCUUGUGUGUAAAGGCCGUGGCCGAGGCUGCCGUGUCAUUAACUCGACUGAGGAAAAUAUUGCUGAUCCAGAAUCCAGAACCCUACCUGGUGCAGAAGAAGGACAGUAACUCAGCCAUAGUGAUGAAAAACGCUACACUUUCCUGGACCAAACCAGACAGCCAGCCAGAUCCCCCACCCAGCACAGCCAAUGGGGUGAAGGGAAACAAGGUGGAUGAAACAUCCCAGGAUGGGAAGACUGAAGCCUUGCCAACCCUGAGAAACAUCUCCUUUACAUUGCCUAAGGGCAACUUGCUCGGUGUUUGUGGGAACGUGGGGAGUGGGAAGACAUCACUGAUUUCCAGCAUUUUGGAACAGAUGCACCUUCUUCGGGGCUCCCUCGCAGCCGAUGGGACAUUUGCCUACGUUUCCCAGCAGGCCUGGAUAUUCCAUGGAACUGUUCAGGAAAAUAUUCUGAUGGGGGAACCUUUUGACCAGGCCAAAUACGACAGAGUUGUCGAUGUCUGUAGCCUCAGAGCUGACCUGAAAAUCCUCCCAUAUGGUGAUCAAACUGAGAUAGGAGAGCGGGGGCUGAAUCUGUCAGGGGGGCAGAAGCAGAGGAUCAGCCUGGCCAGAGCUGUCUACUCCAAUAAAGACAUCUUUCUCCUUGAUGAUCCGCUGUCCGCUGUUGACGCCCAUGUGGGGAAACACAUCUUUGAAGAAUGUAUUAAGAAGGAGCUCCAGGGAAAAUCCGUCAUACUGGUUACACACCAGCUCCAGUAUCUGGAGUUCUGUGAUGACAUUUUGGUUCUGGAGGAUGGGGAGGUCCAGGAGGCAGGAAACCACCAGACCCUGAUGACAGCCAACAGACGCUACGCUCAGCUCAUCAGCAACUACCAGAUAGAGCAGUCCAAAGCUCAGAGAGAGGAAGAGGAGACGUCACCGCCAGAUGCUACCCAGCAGAGGGAGGUUGAGCUAAGAGAUCACACAGACAGUGGCACAGUGAACCCAGCAUUUGACAUGUCAGAUGAAAAGGACGAUGGAAACGCAGAUAACCAAAAACCUGCUGUCGCGGCAGGCAACCAGCUGGUCAGUCAAGAGUUCUCCUCAGAAGGCGUAAUCUCCUGGAGAGUCUAUCAUCAGUACUGCCAGGCAGCUGGAGGUUACAUUGUCACCUUCCUCACAAUGCUGAGCAUCAUGCUGAUGAUCGGAUCAUCAGCCUUCAGCAACUGGUGGCUCAGCUACUGGCUGGAGCAUGGUGAUGGGUCACCCAAUAAGACGACAUCAGACCAGGGCGACGUCUCACAAAACCCGGACUUGCACUUCUACCAAAUGAUUUAUGGACUGACGGUGAUUGUCAUGUUGACAUUUGCCAUCAUCAAAUGCUUCUCCUUCACUCACGUCACCUUGAAUGCCUCCUGCAAACUCCACAACACCAUGUUUAAGAAGAUUAUAGCCAGUCCCAUGAGUUUCUUUGACACAACGCCAACAGGCCGCAUCCUCAACCGCUUCGCCAAAGAUCAAGACGAGGUCGACAGUGUGCUUCCCCUCAACAUGGAUCCUUUCUUGCAGUUUACUUUUGUGACCACCUUCACCAUUCUCAUCAUCGCCUCUGUCUUUCCCCUCUUGCUGGUAGCUGUGGUUUUUAUGGGAGCUUUGUUCACCAUCAUUCUCUUUAUCUUCCAGAAGAGUGUUCGUCAGAUGAAGAGGAUGGAAAACAUCAGUCGCUCUCCCUGCAUCUCCCUCACCACCUCUACCCUGCAAGGCCUCAGCACCAUCCAUGCCUACAACAUUAGAGACAGCCACAUAAAACUGUUCAAGUCUUUGAGUGACGUCAACUCCAACCACUUUUUAAUGUUUCACUCUGGGACUCGUUGGCUCGCCUUCUGGCUUGACUUCAUGGCUUCAACCAUGACCUUGUUGGUGUCUCUCUUUGUGGUGCUUAGCAGUAACGAUAUCAUCAAUCCGGCCUUUAAAGGCCUGGCCAUGUCCUACACCAUACAGUUAACAGGCAUGCUUCAGUACGUAGUGAGGCAGGCAACGGAGGUGGAGGCAAGGUUCAGCUCGGUGGAGCGGCUGCAGGAAUACAUAAAGGACUGUAAGUCUGAGGCACCCCGACACAUAAAGGACGUUCAAGUCUCAGAGGACUGGCCAGAGAGCGGAGCCAUCACCUUCCAGGACUAUAAGAUGAAGUACAGAGAGGACACACCCAUUGUCCUGAAUAGGCUCCAUUUCUUCAUCCAGGCUGGAGAGAAACUGGGCAUCGUGGGAAGGACAGGCUCUGGGAAGUCGUCUUUAGGGGUGGCUCUGUUCAGGCUGGUUGAGCCGUCAGCAGGAACCAUCCUGAUAGAUGGAGUGGACAUCACGGCCAUCGGUCUGCAGGAUCUGCGCAGCAAGCUGUCCAUCAUCCCCCAGGACCCUGUGCUAUUCAUUGGCACAGUCAGAUACAACCUAGACCCCUUUGAUAACUACAGUGAUGAGGAGAUCUGGGCAGCGCUGGAAAAGACCUACAUGAAGGACUCAAUCUCCAGACUGGAGGGGAAGCUACAGGCAGAGGUGUUUGAGAAUGGAGAGAACUUCUCUGUAGGAGAGAGACAGCUGAUGUGUAUGGCUAGAGCACUACUCCGUAACUCCAAGAUCAUUCUGUUGGAUGAGGCAACAGCGUCCAUCGAUGCAGAGACAGACGCCCUGAUCCAGAACACCAUCAAAGAGGCCUUCCAGGACUGCACCAUGCUCACCAUCGCCCACCGCAUCAACACUGUGAUGUAUGCAGAUCGUAUUCUGGUCAUGGACAACGGAGAGGUGGCAGAAUUAGACGAUCCAGACGUGCUGGCUCAAAGACCAGACUCUCUAUUCUCUUCACUCCUGACUGCUGCUAACACCGUGAGCACCGCUACAGAGUAAUCAUAGGAAUGUAAUGAUGCUUCAUUUACAUAACCACACUGUAAUCUGAACUGGUGUCAUCGAACAGCAAAGAUGGGAUUUGAUAUAGCUGCAAAAAGAGUGUUGAUACGACUUUGUUUUUCACUUUUCAAACUAUGUGUAAAUAUUGAUAUAUUUAUCUCUCCUGUCUGCUGAAACCUAGACAAUGUUCUUUUACAGAUUUUUUACAGGAGCACACAUGAUCUGUGAUGUAUAUUUAACAUAUUAUUUAUUGAUUUUUCUAUGUCUUUGUUUGCUGCCUGUUUGCAAACCACUACACAUGCAGUUAAAAUCUGCUGAGUUAGAAGUAAUUUUUGAAUUUCAUCAUAUUAAAAAACUGCAUAUGACAGAUAUAUUUAA